AUGCAGAGAAUUCUGAACCGGAUUUUAACCUUCUUUCGGAGGAAGACUGAGCCUGAAGGAAAGCUACAGAUUCAAGAUAACUCCAAGUUCAAGUCUAUUCAGGGAGUUGUGACCUCUCUGUGUAAUGACUAUGGCUGGAUUAAUGAAUCCAUAUUCUUCAGUGUUGAUGUGGUGUGUGGCAAUGCUCCACUGACUAUUGGAAUGAAUGUCAUUGCUCUUGUGGAAGAAGACGAAACAAACCAUGCAUUGAAAACCAUCAAGGUGAAAACCAUGUCUGAUCCUAUUUAUGGUAUUGAGCCAUCGGAAGUUGACAAAAGACUUUGCAUUAAGUGUGUUACUGCUGUAACACAGGACAGCAUUUAUAUCAGCGAGGAAACCUUCUUCCCCGUACACCUUCUUUCUGGAGCAUUCAGACCUUUCAAGGGAGACUUGCUGCUGGUUGAGUAUUCCAUGAACCCAGGCACUUCAAAUGUCAAUAUCCACUCUGUGAGCCCCCUCAGCUCUCAGAAUAUGGACGAG